AGCAGCUGAAUGAAGUUCAGCGGAUCUGAGGAAUUUCACGGCACGGCGGAUUCACAUUACUCUUUUUCUCACAUGGAGCGUCUCCUUGGAUAAACGCGACUGCAGAUUUUGAACUCGAUAUUGUUAUGUGGUUUAGUGAACAUUUAAGCAUGAUAAAAACCCGUAAGUAACUAACGUCUACGUUUAUAUGUCAUCUUAGGGUACCUGUGGAUCAUCAUGCAGCCUCCGCGAGUGGGCUGACAGUGUCAUAUUAGAUGGAGUCUCGUGAGUUUAAUGUACAGCACAGUCAAUGGGAUGUCUGCACUCAAGUCUAGAGAACAUUUAGGGCACACUCGGUCACUGUAAACGCAGCUCUUUUGGCUAGACCGGCUCUGGAAAUGUCGGCGAUUUCUGCGUCGGAGAAAGUGGACGGGUUCACGCGGAAGUCUGUGAGGAAGGCACAGAGGCAGAGAGUCUGCCAGGGCUCGUCUCAGUUUGCGGUGAACAGCAGCAGGCCUGCGGCUCCGGAGAUCUCGGCGCUCCCGCAGCUCAAAGAUGCAUCUUCCACAGAGCAGCAUGAGCUGUUCAUGCAGAAACUACAGCAGUGCUGUGUAUUGUUCGACUUCUACGACACGGUGACUGACCUAAAAAGCAAAGAGACCAAACGGGCCACUCUCAGCGAACUUGUGGAUUAUGUGUCCACUAACAGAGGCGUUCUGGUGGAGCCUGCCUAUCCCGAAAUCACCACAAUGGUUAGCACAAAUAUUUUCAGAACACUUCCACCCAGUGAAAACCCAGACUUUGACCCAGAAGAAGAUGAACCCACGCUUGAAGCCUCCUGGCCACACAUGCAGUUGGUGUAUGAGUUUUUCCUUCGAUUCCUUGAAAAUCCAGACUUCCAGCCAAGCACUGCCAAACGUUAUAUUGACCAGAAGUUUGUGCUACAGCUUUUAGAGCUCUUUGACAGUGAAGAUCCUCGUGAGAGAGAGUUUUUGAAAACAAUUCUGCAUCGCAUCUACGGGAAGUUUCUGGGUUUGCGUGCCUUUAUUCGGAAACAGAUCAACAACAUUUUUCUAAGAUUCAUCUAUGAAACUGAGCACUUUAAUGGAGUUGCUGAACUCCUCGAGAUUCUGGGCAGUAUCAUCAAUGGUUUCGCUUUGCCGUUGAAGGCCGAACACAAGCAGUUCCUCAUGAAGAUCCUCAUUCCUCUGCACACCGCCAAACCACUAGCACUGUUCCACGCACAGCUGGCCUACUGUGUGGUUCAGUUCUUAGAAAAGGACCCGACACUCACUGAAGUGGUGGUUCGUGGCCUUCUCAAAAUCUGGCCCAAGACUUGCAGUCAAAAAGAGGUCAUGUUUCUAGGGGAAAUUGAAGAGAUCCUGGACGUUAUUGAACCCACACAGUUCAAGAAGAUUCAGGAGCCUUUAUUUAAGCAAAUCGCUAAAUGUGUAGCCAGCCCUCAUUUUCAGGUAGCAGAGCGAUCGCUGUACUACUGGAACAAUGAGUAUAUUUUGAGUCUAAUCGAGGAGAAUAAUGCCAAAAUCUUUCCCAUCAUGUUCGGAAACUUGUAUCGGAUCGCCAAAGAGCACUGGAACCCGACGAUUGUGGCGCUGGUGUAUAAUGUGUUAAAAACCAUGAUGGAGAUGAACAGUAAACUGUUUGAUGAGCUGACAACCUCAUACAAGUCUGACAGACAGCGAGAGAAGAAGAAAGAGCAGGAGCGUGAGGAACUGUGGAGGAAAUUGGAUGAACUGAGAAUGAAAGAGGCGUCGAUGAUCCAGAACAACAGACACGACAUCCAGUUUACCUACAACAACAACCACCAUUCAGAAUGACAGAAACAAAGUCCAGUUCACCUACAAUAACAACCACCAUCAAGAACAACAGAUACAAUUUCCAGAUCACCCCCACCACCACCACCAACAACCACCAUCAAGAACAACAGAUACAAUGUCCAGUUCACCACCACCACCACCAACAACAACAACCACCUUCAAGAACAACAGAUACAAUGUCCAGUUCACCUACAACAACAACAACAACAACAACAACCACCAUUCAGAAUGACAGAAACAAAGUCCAGUUCACCUACAAUAUCAACCACCAUCAAGAACAACAGAUACAAUGUCCAGUUCACCUACAACAACAACCACCAUUCAGAAUGACAGAAACAAAGUUCAGUUCACCCACAAUAACAACCACCAUCAAGAACAACACGCAUGAUGUGUAGUUCACCACCAACAAUAACCACCAUCCAGAACAAGACACAUCAUCCAGUUCACCAACAACAACCACCAUCCAGAACAAUCGAUAUUAUGUCCAGUUCACCUACAACAACCAUCAUCCUGAACAACAGACACAACACCCAGUUCACCUACUACAACAACAACAAAAACAACAACCACCCGACUGAUUGACAGACACAAUGUCCAGUUCACCAACAACCACCAUCCAGAACAACAUAUAUUAUGACCAGUUCACCUACAACAACAACCACCAUCCUGAACAACAGACACAAUGCCCAGUUCACUUACUACAACAACAAAAAAACAACUACCCGACUGACUGACAAACACAGUGUCCAGUUCACCUACAGCUACAACAAUCACCAUCAGUUCACCUACAACAACUACCACAAUCCAGAACAACAGGGCCAACGUUAAGUUCACCUACAGCAACAACAACCACCAUCAGUUCACCUACAACAACUACCACCAUCCAGAACCACAAAGCCAAUGUUAAGUUCACCAACAGCAACAACCACCACCAUCCAGAACAACAGACAUAAUGUCCAGUUCAUCUACAGCAACAACAACAACAACAACAACCAUCCAGAACAACAAACAUGACAUACAGUUCACCUACUACAACAACAACUAUAACCAACAUUCGGAAUGACAGACACAAUUACCAGUUCAUCUAAUAAAACAAUAACCAGCAUCCUGAACAACAGACACAAUUUUCAGUUCACCAACAACAACCAUCAUUCAGAACAACAUACAUGACAUCCAGUUCACUGACAACAAGAACAAGAACUACCAUACAGAAUGACAGACACAAUCUUCAGUUUACCUACAACAACCACCAUCCUGAGCAACACAAAUGAUGUCCAGUUCACCACCUACAACAUCAUCAAAAACAGCUGACACAACGCCCAGUUCACCUACUACUACAACAACAAAACAACUACCCUUCUGACUGACAGACACAAUGUCAAGUUUACCUACAAGCACCAUCCAGGUCAACAGACAAACAUCUGGUUCAACUGUUACAACAACAACCACCAUUCUGAAUUGACACAAUGUCCAGUUCACCAACAACAACCACCAUCCAGAACAACAGACACAACGUCCAGUUCACCAACAACAACCACCAUCCAGAACAACAGACACAACGUCCAGUUCACCAACAGCAACCACCAUCCAGAACAACAGACACAAUGUCCAGUUCACCAACAACAACCACCAUUCAAAACAACAGACACAACGUCCAGUUCACCAACAACAGCCAUCACCAUCCAGAACAACAAACAUGACAUCCAGUUAAUUUACUACAACAACAACAACAACAAAAGCAACAACCCUCAUACUGAAUGACAUACAAAAUGUUCAUUUUAUCUAAAAAAACAACAACAACCAGCAUCCUGAACAACAGACACAAUCUUCAGUUCACCAACAACAACCAUCAUCCAGAACAACAGACAUGACAUUCAGUUCACUUACAACAAAAACAAGAACCACCAUUCAGAAUGACAGAGACAACGUCCAGUUCACCUACUACAACAAAAACAGCAUUCACCAUUCUGAUUGACAGACACAACAUCCACUUUACCUACAACAACCAUCCACAUCAACAGACACAACAUCCAAAUUGACCUACAACAACAAAAACAACAACCACCAUUCUGAUUGACAGACACAACGUCUACUUUACCUACAACAAC